AUGGCAGACCGCCCGCCGCCCGGCCCGCGCGGCGCAGCCUCGCCCAGCGCCGGCCACGCGCCGGCGUCGGGGGAGCACCCGCUGCACUCGCUCAUUGGGCGCGCCGCCCAGGCGUUCCACGUCCGCGGCUCCACCCAGCUCCUGGGCUUCCUGGCGCUGGCCGUGACCCUGACCGCGCUCGUCGUCCUGGUGGGCGUGACGCUCGCGGGCGCGCUCGUGGCGCUGGUCCUCCUCAGCCCGCUCGUGCUCCUCACCGCCCCGCUCUGGGCGCCCGCGGCGGCGGCGGUGUUCCUGGCGGGAGCCGCCUCGCUGCUCGCCUGCUGCGCCGGCGCGGCCGCGGUCGCCGCGGGCACGUGGGCGCACCGGUACCUGACGGGGCGGCACCCCGUGGGCGCGCACCGGGUGGCGGAGCCGUCCAGCGGCGCGGCCGCGGUCGCGGAGGUGGCGAGCCGCGUGAGGGGGUACUACGACGCCUACGCGCGCGAGCACGGCGGGUUCCCGCGCCACCCGCGCGCCCGGGUCAAGGACGCUGCCCCCGGGGCGUAG